CAAGAAAUCCGACCUUUCCACCCGAUCCGACCCGGAAAAGCAGUUGCUCUCUCUCCUUCUCUGUUGCUUUCUAUUUUGGCCAGGCGGUGUUCGAGAUUGCGAGUGUUGUCCUCUCUCUCUCUCUCUCGCUCGAAAAUCUGAAUUCCGAGCUCCACCAGCUCAAAUCUCCGAUCCGGUGACCCCUCGCCGUCGCUCUUCAGCUCCUCCUCCCAGAUCUAUCGCCUCACUCGAAAUUAAUCAUUAAAUUGUGGGUGAAUGCGGGGAUUAAUUAAUCGAGCCGCAAUUUCCCGCUUUCACAAUGCAACUGCAAGGAUUUAAAGCCCAAUCCAGAGUAGCACUGCUCGUCGCCUUCCUCUUGUGUGUUUGUUUCGCGGGUUUAUAUGAUUUGUUGAAGCCCGUCUCCAAUGGCUGCAUCAUGACGUACAUGUAUCCCACUUAUGUUCCCAUCCCUACCACGACUCCCGUUUCGCCUGCGAAAUACAGCUUGUAUUUGUACCACGAAGGAUGGAAGAAGAUCGAUUUUGAGGAGCAUCUGAAGAAGCUGAGCGGCGUUCCCGUGCUUUUCAUUCCGGGAAAUGGCGGCAGCUACAAGCAGGUUCGAUCGCUUGCAGCAGAAUCUGAUAGGGGAUAUCAAGCGGGGCCCCUAGAGCGUACAUAUUAUCAGGAAGCUUACUUAACUCCUGAAGAGGGAGGGGAGGAGAUUGAUGUGACUUCCUUUAAGUUGCCCAACCGGUAUGAUUCCAGGUUGGACUGGUUCACGGUGGAUCUCGAAGGGGAACAUUCUGCUAUGGAUAGUGCUAUUCUUGAAGAACAUGCUGAAUAUGUUGUCAACUCCAUUCACAGGAUUUUGGAUCAAUACAAAGAAUCUUAUAAGGCUAGACAAAGAGAAGGUGCUGCAACCUCUGGGAGUUCUCCAAAAAGUGUGAUAUUGGUUGGUCACUCUAUGGGUGGUUUUGUUGCUAGAGCUGCAGUUAUCCAUCACCGUUUGAGGAAAUCAGCAGUUGAAACAAUUCUUACUCUCUCCAGCCCCCACCAAUACCCUCCUGUGGCAUUGCAGCCUUCCUUGGGUCACUACUUUGAACGUGUUAAUGAUGAAUGGAGAAAGGGAUAUGAGGUCCAAACAACUAGAGCAGGACAUCACGUGUCUGGUCCUGUUCUCUCCCAUGUUGUUGUUAUAUCCAUUUCUGGUGGUUAUAAUGAUUAUCAGGUAAGAUCCAAGUCGGAAUCCCUUGAUGGCAUUGUGCCUCCCACUCAUGGCUUUGUGAUCAGCAGUACAGGCAUGAGAAAUGUGUGGUUGUCAAUGGAACAUCAAGCUAUUUUAUGGUGUAAUCAAUUAGUUAUCCAAGUAGCGCACACCCUCCUUAGUUUGGUAGACUCCGGGACAGGCCAGCCAUUUUCUGACACUCGAAUAAGAACAGCGAUAUUCUCCAAAAUGCUUCGUAGUGGGAUACCCCAGAGUUUCGAUUGGAGGAUGCAAUCACACUUAUCUCAGCAGUCAAUACACAUUCCUACUAGAGACGUAAAAGAUAAAACUGAAUCGCUGUACACUUCCGCUGCAUGUCCUAGCAAUGUUCAUUGGAGUGAUGAUGGCCUUGAGAGGGACCUAUACAUUCAGACAACCACCGUCACUGUUUUAGCUAUGGAUGGUCGAAGACGGUGGUUAGACAUACAAAAAUUGGGGUCAAAUGGAAGAAGCCACUUCAUGUUCGUGACAAACCUUGCUCCGUGUUCUGGGGUUAGACUUCAUCUGUGGCCAGAAAAAAGAAACUCAACUUCAGAAUUGCCUAUUUGUAUAAGAAUCCUCGAUGUGACAUCAAGGAUGGUGCGCAUUCCAUCAGGACCAGCACCAACACAGAUUGAACCUGGAAGCCAGACGGAGCAAGCUUCUCCUUCUGCUAUAUUUCGCUUGGGACCUGAGGACAUGCGUGGUUUCAGAUUCCUGACCAUCUCAGUUGCACCUCGUCCGACUAUUUCAGGCAGACCUCCACCAGCAGUUUCCAUGGCUGUCGGGCAGUUUUUUAAUCCAGAAGAAGGGGAACGAGAGUUCUCCCCUUGGUCUAUGCCGCUACCUAGUUAUUCUUAUAAGGAAAUGUCUUUGAAGGAGGAUCAUCCUCUUGCUCUGAAUCUAUCAUUUACCACGAGCUUGGGCCUUCUGCCUGUCAUGUUCUCUUUGAAGGCUGCAGGCUGUGGGAUAAUGAAUUCUGGACUUCCAGACGAACAGGCUGGAGAUGAAGAUAAUAGCAAGCUCUGUAAGCUUCGCUGUUUCCCUCCUAUAGCAUUUGCUUGGGAUCACACGUCAGGUCUCCACAUAUUCCCAAAUAUGUACAGUGAGAAAAUUGUUGUUGAUUCUUCACCAGCACUAUGGAGUUCACCUCAAAGUUCCGAGAAAACCUCUGUUAUGUUGCUGGUAGAUCCACAUUGUUCAUAUAGAAGUUCCAUGACUGUUCCUGUAACUGCAGCUGCCAGUAGGUUCUUGCUUUUAUAUAAUUCACAGGUAAUGAUUUUCAACUUUCUCUCUCAUUGUUUAAUACUUCUUAAUAAAGAAAGAGGCAUGCUUCUUAUUUCGUUUUUUGAUGCUCUCUUGCAGAUUGCUGGUUUCUCCCUUGUUGUUAUCUUUUUUGCGCUAAUGCAGCAAAUAUGUACGUGGGAUCUUGACCAACACAUACCUUCGAUUCUUACGGCUGUGGAAUUUAAUCUGAGAAUCCCAUUGCCAUUUCUCUACCUUGCCAUUGCCCCGAUCUUGCUUUCUUUUUCCCUCUCCUUUUUGAUUUCUCAACCAUUUCCUUCAUUUUCUAGCUUCACCAUCGUCUCGGUGACUUGUUAUUUACUUGCUAAUGGCUUCGUAAUAAUUCUGAUUUUGAUAUCCCAACUCAUCUUCUAUGCGGCCGCUGUUGUACAUGUUUUCAUCAAGACAAGGUUUCAGUUGGGGGAAAAAAGUGUUCACCGGUUUAUUAAUCUUUCUUCGGGUUUCUUUUCAUUGAAGCUGGUAAGGGUUUUAAGAGCCAAUCCGGUAUUCGUUACAGCACUUGUUGCAAUUACUGUGGCGUGCUUGGUUCAUGCAGCGUUCGGUCUAUUUAUAAUCUUGUUCUUCGAUGCUUUGAGCUGUCACAGUGCACUUUGCAGUUUUUUGACAGCUUCAUUUCGCAGUCAUGCACGAAGACAUGAAUUAUUUGACUGUAAAAAAGAAGACAAUGGCCAGUCCUGCCAACUUCCAUCCAAAAGUGAUGGUAUAUCAAACCAGAAUAUUCAUUCUGAAGAUUGCUGCUCCAACAGUCCAAACUCUUCGAAAAGUUUUGGUGAAACACAGUUAGAGUUAUUCCAUCAUCGGCAUGGGCUGUUUAUUUUGCAUCUUGCUGCAGCGCUCAUGUUUGUCCCGUCACUUGUCGCCUGGUUCCAGAGAAUAGGGAUGGGUCAUAGCUUCCCAUGGCUCUUGGAUUCAUUUCUUUGCACAGGUGUGAUCCUUCAUGGAAUCUUCACCUCAAAGCCCGAGUCCAGUUCCUUCUUGGUAUCUUUCCCUGGCUUCCGAAACUGUGAAGUGAGGCUGAAUUUUCUGUACCUGCUAGCUGGAUACUAUUCCUAUAUCUCUUCCCUGGCCUUGGCUCCGUACAGAGCAUUUUAUGGUAUGGCUGCUAUAGGCUUUACUUGCUGUGCUUUGACGAUCUUACAAAGUCGGAACAGAGAAAAGGGAGAGCCCCAUUUUGUUAGCCGAAAGCACUCCCACAGGCACUAACUUCGCCAGAAACACGCAUUCACUGAGCGGCCAAAUCUUCCGCAAGGGUUCCUUGUACAAAUACAGGUUAUGAGUACAUUGUCUCGAGAGUGGGAUGCGUUGUGCGCAUGACUCCAGUAUCUACAGUUUUGAAAUCAGAAUCCUCACACGGAAGCAAGCGACCCUGUCCACUGGUGUAACACGUAAUAUGAAGCGAAAAUUUUGCAGCGUGACAACUAUGAGUUUGCCGCCUUUUUUUCCGGUUAGGGUGGUUUUUCUUUUUCUGUUUCCGUCGGGGUAGUUUGCCUGACUGUUUUAUUGGCUCGACCUGUGUGUAUCGUGUUACUGAUUGAAAACAAAGAUUGGGAAAUGAACAUUCAAAUUUGUUGUUGUAUUUGAUUAAUUUAGUUCGCGACUUACGUUGGAAU